AUGGCGGCCAGCGACAGAACGAGCACCAGAGAGCUCGAAGAUGCCUUUGUGAAAAUCACUUUUGAGGACGACUUUUCUCCUCCUCGCGACAAGGGCACGGACCCGCUGUACGAUAUAUGGGUUGACCAGGCAUCGGCGAAGUUCCACGAUCCAGGGAGCUUUGGCGCACGCACUCUGCGCAAGCUAUACCCGAGCCAUUCCGUCGUCUUGUUCACAGACGGGGCGAACAUCGGAUUCCUGGGCUUUCCUGGAGCGCUCAUCAAGCCUGUGUCCCCGCCCGAGCUCAUCACGUCGCUGGCAUUCGUUCCUUUUGCCCGCCGCGCAGCUGCGCAGGUACCUGGCCGGCUCGUCGACCAGGUUAAGUUUGGCUCGUUCAGCGUAGCGUGGGAUAAAUACGACUUCUUGCUGUACAUCGUCAAGUACCCUCAAGGCUUUGGCGAGGUAACUCAGCAUUAUCUUCUGCAUGAAGGCCCUGAAGACCCGGUGCGCGCACUACUUUUGGCUGCGGGAGCCUGGAAGAAUCAGUUGCACUCAGAGGUCCUUAUUUUCAACAACGGGAUGUGGACCAAAAACCAUGAACUGUGGCAGGAAAUCCAAAAGGCCGACUGGGACGACGUAAUUCUAAAGCAAGAAUUCAAAGACGCGAUGAGGAAGGACAUAAACGGUUUCUUCGACUCUGAAGAUCUGUUCAAGUCACUGGCGAUCCCUUGGAAGCGUGGGAUUAUCAUGCAUGGUCCUCCAGGUAACGGCAAGACAAUCAGUCUGAAAGCCGUCAUGAAAGAAUGUGACGCGAAGAACUUCGCGCCGCUUUACGUUAAAUCCUUCCAGAGCUGGAUGGGGGAAGAAAUGUCCAUGGCCACCGUCUUCGCCAAGGCCAGGGAGAUGACUCCCUGCGUACUCGUUCUCGAAGACCUGGACUCACUCAUCAACGACAAGAACCGCUCGUUCUUCCUGAACCAGCUUGACGGGCUCGAGAGCAACGAUGGGCUGCUCGUGAUCGGCACGACCAACCACCUCGACAAGCUCGACCCUGCGCUGAGCGGACGGCCGAGUAGAUUUGAUCGUAAAUAUCCGUUUGACGAUCCUGAUGAGGACGAGCGAGCCCUGUAUGCCAGGUAUUGGCAGGACAAGCUGCGUAGCAACAAGAGCAUAGAAUUCCCAGACAGCCUCGUCGACGAAGUCGUCGCGAUGACGGCAAAAUUCAGUUUUGCCUAUUUGAAGGAGGCGUUCGUUUCGUCGCUCGUCAUUCUCGCAGGGCUGGACGGCACCAGCAAGCCUCCCUUUGCCGAGGUGCUUAAAUCUCAAAUCAAGUCCCUCCGGAGUCAGCUCGACAACGGCCUGAGGUCCGCUUCCUCCCCUAGUAAGAUCGCAUCCGCAUCCGUCCCGAUGGGUAGCCGGUUCGGCGAACGCGGGUUCCGUCUACCUGGAUUUUCAGACGCCAGCAGGAUCUGGGAUUUAGGUGUAGGCGACCCAAGGCUCUCCAUGCCCGGGGGAAUGCCCCACAGGGAAACGGCACAUACUAUAGGCAGAGGAGCUGGAGAGCCAGUAAGUUUGGGUGGGACCAGCUUUGGACGAUCGUUCAUCUCUUGA